GAUGAGACAACUUAGAAGCGCACAACCCAUGCAACACUAUUGACAUGAAAUAUCCAAGGGGGAGUGUUGUAAAUCAUUAUGGCUAUAUCAUGUAAAUAGAUAUAGGGUAAAUCAUUAUGUUGUUAUAGGCUUACCCUUUCCAUGUUUUAUGGAUGACUUUAGGAAUCCUUGUUUUAUGGAGGACUUUAGGGGUCCUUGUUUUAUGGAGGACUUUAGGCUACAUGUUCCCUAUCUUCCACUAUAUGUAGUCCAUUUCUCAUCCAUGUUAUGAGGAGAAAAACAGAAAAUACUACACUUAUUAUCUGCAUCUAAACUCUCUCUCUCUCAAGUUCUUAGAAGCAAAGCUCUCUCCAUUUUCUGAAACACUUUCUAUGUUAGUUUUACAACAAUAACUAAUGUAUUUGAAGAAAUCAUAGAAAAAAACCCGAAGCAAUGUCUGAUUUCUUUCCUGAAGAAAUCAUAGAGAAAAUCCUCUUGAGGCUGCCCAUCAAAUCCCUAAUCAAAUUCACAGCAGUUUGCAAAUCAUGGUUGUCACUGAUCAAAACCUCUACCUUCGUUCAAUCCCAUCUCUGCACCACCAUCGAUUCCAACAACCAAAACGACGCUCACCUCCUCCUCCUCAGCGCUUACUCGUACCCCCCCAAAGAAUGCUUCUCUUAUGAGCAUCACUGGUUGCGUUGGGAUAGCCCUGAAUUCGGCGAGUACUCCAACCUUUCAAAUCCAUUCCCUUUCUUCACGUACAAAAACAAACGUCGGGAUCUGCGUGUUUUCGGUACCUGUAACGGGCUCGUAUGCCUUGAGAGUUUUGACCCCGACACCGGGGAUUUUUCUCCCGCUUUAAUCUGGAAUCCUUCUAUCCGAAAGAUUGUGAUGCUGCCUACACCACCUGCUUGUCUUACCUACAAUUACCGAAAGUACACAUCCCAUGGCUUUGGCUAUGAUUCACAUUCUAACGACUAUAAGGUUUUAAGAGUUGUGAGUCGUUCUGAUGAUCAUUCAGACUUGUCCCGAUUCACCACCGUGGUUCAGGUUUACUCCUUGGCCAAGGGCUCCUGGAAGAGACUUGGUGCUUCUGUUGUUCCGGUGGAUUUGCAGGCCGGUGGUUCGGAGCGUCCUGAUUUUGUUAAUGGCUGUUUGCAUAUGCUUGAAGUACGUUUAAUUGUGUAUUACGAUGAUGAUCACCAGGAACACCGUAAGUGUGGUGGAGACUCGUUUAUUGCCUACUUUAAUCUGGCCACUGAGGUAUUUGGCGAGAUAAUGAUACCGGAAGCUUUGCGAAAAGAUGAGUGCUCUAUUUCAAGAUAUGGGGAGUCCCUUGCCUUGAUUAAGGAAAAACGUUAUAAUCUGGAUGAUCCAGCUAAUUGUGGUUGUGACAUUUGGGUUAUGAAAGAGUAUGGUGUAGCAGAGUCAUGGACUUUUUUGUACAGUAUAGUUAUGGUUCAAGCUACUAUAUUUGGUUUUAAAAGGUGUGGGGAAGUUGUGCUAGAGGAGACGAAUGUCUUAAGACUAAGAAGAAUGCUUUCGCUGGAUCCUAAAAGCGGACAAGUUAAAGUUUUUGGAACCGAGUAUUGUACUUACUAUUUCAUGGAUUCUUUUGUAGAGAGUAUCGUCUUGCUUGAUCACGGGAAAGCCAUAUCUUACCAAGGAGAAAUAAAUUCUGCAGACCCAAAGAAAUUCAUUAGAGGCAGUUUGCAGUGAGCUUGUUCUAUUUCAGCUAAAUUGGGGAAUGAGGCAGGUAAACCAUAUAGUCUUUUUUUUUUUGAAGGGAAAUUUCAUUGAACAAAUCAACGAGUACACUCGUUUAGAAUGGCAUCCCUAAUACAAUCGGGAGCAUAAUCCAACCACAUCUGGUUGACACUAUUACAAGCUGUGCUAGCUAGUUUAUGGGCUACCUUAUUUGCUUCGCGUGAAGCAAAUUUAACUUGAAAUUCCACCUGAGAGCGUAGAAGAUACUUUACAUCCUCAAUCAGAAAACCAUGCAUAGAAAGAUCUCCUUCCUCUUGGUUCAAUGCAGCAGCUAACAUAGAGCAAUCUGUUUCGAAGAUGACCCGGUUAUAGCUCAAAUCUAUAGCCAUUUUUAUUGCCUCAAACAUAGCUUGCAACUCUGAAUGGAAUGGUGUUGUGAUAUUAAGUAAAGGUCAAGCAGUAGCUGCUCUAAACUGCCCCCUUGAAUCUCGAAACACAAAACCCGCUCCACUUUGUCCCGAUUGUGCUUUGAAGGCCCCAUCAAUGUUGCAUUUGAGCCAACCCUCUGGUGGCUUGCUCCAGCUGUUGCUUCGCGUGUACUGUUGUUUUCCAUCACUAUUAGCUUUCACAAAAUCUUCCGGCCAACUUAUGGUCAUCAGUACCACAUCAUGUGGAUGUUGUUUACUUCCUUCCCAAACUUGUGUGUUUCUAUUCUUCCAUAUACCCCAAAUGAGCAUCGUGACUUUUGCAAAUGUCUCCUUGCCAACGUUAUUUACCAAAUAUAAUAGCCAAUUCUUAAACUCGGUGAUACUGGUAGUAGGCAUAGGGAUAGUAGCUGCUCUCCACACUUCUUGAGCAUAAUGGCACCGAACAAAGACAUGCAUGUUCUCUUCACCCCCACCUGCACACAUUGGGCAGGUUGUAUCACCCAUGUACCCUUUCGAACUCAGACAAAUCCGAUUGGGCAGUAUAUUCUCACAUGCUCUCCAAACCUGCAAAGCUACCUUGUUUGGGACUUUGGCAUUCCAUAUAGCUGACCAUAUUUUAGCAUAUGCAUCUGGAGCCCGUGGAGGAGCAAGUACUAAUCCCAACGCCAUGUCUCGGGCAACAUAAUAGGCACUUCUUGUGAUGAAAAAGCCUUUAUUAUGAAAAUGCCAAAUUAACCUAUCUCUUGGAGCUCUUCGACUAAGUGGGAUUGUUAGGAUUAAAUCCCGGUCCACUGGUGGGAACCACUUCUCGAUCUUCUCCACUUCCCAACACAUGGUUUGCGGGCAUAUUAAUUCACAUACCCGUGUAGGAGCAUCUCUUUGUUGAGGCGACAUAGGGCAGCGAGGGUAUGAGUCAGG